AUGACGGACAUCAUCGCCGACCAGGCUCCUCCCGCCCUUUCCGUACCCUCGGAAAAAGAGAAGAAGUAUGAUCGCCAGCUUAGACUGUGGGCUGCGAGUGGCCAAGCUGCCCUGGAAUCUGCCAACAUUCUGCUCGUAAACUCGGGUUCGGGAACCGUCGGUGUUGAGACCCUCAAGAACCUUGUGCUCCCAGGUAUUGGUAAGUUUACGAUUGCCGACGAUGCCGUGGUGAACGAGGCAGACCUUGGUGUCAACUUCUUCCUGGACGAGUCUCAUAUCGGCAAGUCCAGAGCGCAGAGCUGUACCGAAUUACUGCUGGAACUCAACCCAGAGGUCCAGGGUGACUGGUGUCCUCGAAAUUCGGAGACUUUGAACCUCGAACACAUCCUGGACAGCCCAAACCCUUUUACCAUAAUAUUGUACACACUCCCCAUGAAGCCUGAAGAUCUCAAGACACUCGAGUCUUACAGCCGUAGCCACAAAACUCCCUUGAUUGCAAUCCACUCGGUUGGUUUCUACUCUUACUUCAGCAUUCGUCUUCCUGACGUUUACCCCAUUGUCGACACCCAUCCGGAUGCAACUUCCACCAUAGAUUUGCGGCUUUUGGCCCCAUGGGAAGAGUUGGAAGCGUUUGCUGAGGAAAUGACCAAGGACAUUGACAGUCUUAAUAACCAUGAUCAUGGACACUUGCCCUUCGUGGUCAUUCUUCUGCAUUAUCUCAAGGUCUGGAAGGCAUCCCAUGGCGGCGCUGCGCCAAGCAACUACAAGGAGAAGGUUGAGUUUCGCAAAAUGGUGGCCGAGGCCACCAGAACGGAUAACGCAGAAGGUGGCGAGGAGAACUUCGAGGAGGCUGUGGCCGCGGUCCUGAAGACCAUUGUACCUCCGUCUCUCCCAUCUGCUGUCAAGCAGGUCUUUGAGUACAAGCACACCAAUGAUGUGAGUCCACUCACCUUCACCAGGAAAUCCGACGAGGCGAAAUCGAGUUUCUGGGUCAUUGCAGACGCAGUCCGAGAAUUUCAUGAAAAGCAUCAAUGCUUACCUGUGCCAGGCGGCCUCCCGGAUAUGAAGGCGCAGUCUAGCGUCUACAUCAAGCUCCAGAACAUUUACAAGGCCAAGGCUCGCAAGGACGUAACCGAGGUCCUAGACUUGGUUCGCCAGAAACCUGGUGGCGAGGGCGUCGACCCAGCCGUAGUCGAACUGUUCUGCAAGAAUGCAGCCUUCGUCAAGCUGGUUGUUCCUGCGAGCGGCGGAAUCGAACAGCUGCGCACCGUGGCAGAACAAGAGUUUGCCAACGAUGAAAUGGCUAAAGAUGGUGUGAUGCCUUUGUCACUACUUCCCAUUUAUCUUGCCCUCCAGUCCACGUCUCACACAGGCACGACGUCCCCGGACGAUAUUUUGGCAAAGAUUCGGACGCUACUCCCGGAGACAAGCGAUAACGAGCGGCUCGCACAAGCUGCACAAGAAGUAUCCCGGGCUGGUGGCGGAGAGCUGCACAACAUUUCCGCCGUGACAGGUGGCAUGGUGGCCCAGGAGACGAUCAAAAUCGUCACAAACCAGUACGUACCCAUUGAGAACACGUGCAUAUUCGACGGCAUUGCAAGCCGGUGCCAGAUUCUUCGCCUGUAG